GGAAGUGGAGGUGGGGGUUUCGCGUGGCGUCGCCUCAGCGUCGGCUGCGCUCGCGGCGAAGAGGCCGCUCACGGAUCGCGAGGGUUCUGUCGCGAUAGAAGCGGAGCUGUCGGCGAUAGAGGAGCCGCGGGAUGUACAAUGGGAUCGGGCUGCCGACGCCGCGGGGCAGCGGCACCAACGGCUACGUCCAGCGCAACCUCUCGGCCCUGCGGCCCAAGAAAGGGGGGGCCGGGGGCUCCGGGGACCCCCCCCCCGGCGAGGAGGAGCUGAGGCGCCUCGAGGCCGCCCUGGCCAAGAAACCCAACCCCGACAUCCUCGACCACCAGCGCAAGAGGAGGGUGGAGCUGAAAUGCCUGGAGCUGGCUGAGCUCAUGGAGGAGCAGGGCUACUCGGCCGAGGAGAUCGAGGCCAAGGUGGCCACGUUCCGGACGAUGCUGCUGGAGAAGGACGAGGGGCCCGGGGACCCCGAGCAGAAACCCACUGUGACGGAGACGCACCAGCUGGCCGAGGCCAACGAGCGCAAGAACGAGCGGCUGCGCGCGGCCUUCGGCAUCAGCGACUCCUACGUGGACGGCAGCGCCGUCGACCCGCCCGCCGCCCCAAGGAGCCCCCCGCCGCCCCUGAGCCCCCAGCGGCCCCAGAGGAGUCGAGCCGCGCUCGCCGUCCCCAAGCAGAAGAAGAAGAAGAAGAAGAAGGAUCGAGCAGGCCUCCCCACCCCCCCCAGGUCUGCGAGUCGCUCCGGGGAGAGGAAGAAGAGCAAGAAGAAGAAACACAGGUCCGAAUCUGAGGCCAAGAAGCGAAAGCACCGCUCCCCCAGCCCCAAGGCCAAGCACAAGGCCAAGGAGAAGAAGCGCAAGAGGUCCACCAGCCAAUCUCAGAAGCCGGAGCGCUCUUCCUCCCGGCCGGCUCCUCCUCCUCCUCCGCCUCCUCCGCAGCAGGUAACGUCCCGCAGCGCCACGGCCCCGCCCCGACCCCGACGCCGCCGGCGGUACCGCCGCAGCCGCGCCAGGACCAGGAGGAGCCGGCGCCGCCCUCGGCCCCCCGGCCGCCCCGCCCGCCGCAGCCGCAGCCGCAGCCGGAGCCGCUCGCGCCGUCGCCGGCCCGUCCCUCCCCGGCGUCCCCGCGGAGCCGCCGCCCACGCCCCCGGCCGCCCCACCACCGGCACCACCACCACUGGCACCGGUGCUGCCACCCGGGCGUCGUCGUCGCGGCGCUCGCGCUCGCGCUCCCGCAGCCGCUCCCGCUCCCGACCCGCCGGCACCGCCUCCCGCUCCCGCUCCCGCCGCCUCCUGACGCUGGGGACUGAUCCCGAUCCCGCCUCCGCUCCCGGCGCCGCCUCCCGCUCCACUCUCCGGAGAUCGCGCGCCCAUCCGGAGAUCCCGAUCCCGAUCCGCCGAUCCCGCUCGCUUCUCCGCCGAUCCCGCUCCCGAUCCGCGAUCCUGAUCCCCUUCGCCGAUCCCGAUCUCUAUCCGGCGCUCUCGCCUCCGGCGCCGCUCCUGCUCCGCCCUCCGGAGAUCCCGCUCGCCGAUCCUGUCACCAAACCGGCCUCGGAGGGGACAGCAGGGACCGCCGGUGUCACCAGCACCAGUGUCACCAGCACCAGUGUCACCCCCCCUGCUGUCACCCCCCCUGCUGUCACCAGCCCUGGUGUCACCACCUCGAGUGUCACCCCCCCUGCUGUCACCAGCCCUGGUGCCACCCCCCCGGUGACCCCCAGCCCGCCCAAGGCGGUGACCGCGGUCACACCGGGGGCGGAUGAGAAGCCCCCGGCCGAGGGGGCGUCCCCAGGGGCCACCAAAGGGUCCCCGGGGCCACCCAAGGGUGAUGACCCCAAAGCGGGAGCCGAGGCCGCCAAACCGACCGUCAACGGCACCAAACUGGCCGUGCCCGAGAGCAAACUGGGAGCGGGGGACGCCAAACUGGGAGCGGGGGACGUCAAACUGGGCGCCGGGGACACCAAAUUGAAUGCUGGUGAUUCCAAAUUGGCCAUUUGUGACACCAAAGUGGCAGCUGGGGAGGUCAAAUCGGCUGCUGGUGACACCAGAUCAGGGUCUGGGGAGGUCAAAUUGGCCCCUGGCGACGCCAAACCGGGUGCUGGUGACGCCAAACCGGGUGCUGGUGACGCCAAACCGGGCGGUGGUGACGCCAAGGUGAUGCUGUCCCCUCCCCGGGCCGUCCCCAAGGCCGUGUCCCCGACUGUCCCCAAGGUGGAGGUGACCCCCGCCCUCCCCAAGGCCAUGCCGGCGUCCCCACCGUCCCCAAAUCCCCGCGGACACCAAGCCGCCCCUCCCCCUCCCGCCGCGUCCCCGCCCGUCCCCAGGACCCCCUGA